AUUGUUACCUUUCCGGCACUAAUGAGACCGGAUGUGGAUUUUCCAGAGUCAGACUCCCUGUUGGAAAACGCCGCUCGGGCUCGCGGCUCAGAGAUAGACCGCCACCAAGAGGAGCCCGAAUCUGUGGUGGAAGCGGAGUUCAUGGAUCCAGCUGUGCAAAUAGAACGCGAGGAUCCGUUUGAUCAUCUCCCCCGAUCUCUUGACGAAGACCAGGAAGAACCUUUGCAACUGCCUCUUUGUGGUCCGGAAGGUCUUGCAAGCAUGAGGCCCUCAGCUGAACCCUCAGCAUGCUCCACUUCUGCUCGAACAUCUCCGAUUUGUGCUUUGAGAUGUGGAUGUGAAGGGAUUCACUCAGAAGGCGAUGCCUUGCAAACUGCUGAGGCUGCAGAGGUUCAGGUUGAACCUCGAGAAGAAGUUCCGGAAUCCGGUCUUCUCAGCAACACGGUGGAGCCUCACACCCCGCGGCAGUUGGCUGCCUGGAAAAAAGCGGGGGCACAACAGGCGGAACUGGAGAAAGCAAAGCUGCGCAAAUUCCAGAUUGACAUCGCAAAGAAAGGGCAAAAGCUGGGCAUACGCUACGAUGAUUCCGAUGGAACGGGUUUGGUCAUCAAGAUCAUCAACCCUGGUGUCUUCUAUGACAGCAUCAUGGAGCAAAAUUCAGAUAGAUGGGUAAUGCCUGAUGAUCGCAUUGUUGAAGUGAAUGGCGUGAGAGGAAAAUCAGAAUGGCUGGAGGAGCAGUGUAUGAAAGCCGAUGUUCUGAGCAUGAAGGUAGAGCGGCUCUUACCACCUCUGGGUGUGCGGAUCUUCUGCAGAAGCCAGGAUCCGACGGUGAAGAUCCAUGCCUAUGACCUGUUUGGACAUGGCAGAGGGCCUUUAGCCUGUGUGGCGCGUACCUUGAAUGGCAUGAGCACUCGCUACGGGCUUUUUCACACAGGUGUUGAAGUCUAUGGCUGCGAGUGGUUUUUUGGUGCCUCUGCUGAGGGCUUAUUCCAUGGUGUCAACUGCAAUGAAGCAAAACAACAUGCUCAACACCGCUAUCGAACCUCUGUUGUCUUGGGCGCAACAGCGAUGUCCCAAGAUGAUUUCGAAGAACUGAUGCCGCUUCUUCGAAUGAAGUGGCCUGCAUGGUCAUACCAUCCAAUCUCCAGGAACUGCCAUAGCUUCACAGAUUUUUUCUGCAAAAUCUUGGGCUUUCGAUCGGUUCCGAGAUUUGGGCUGUUUGGCAGUGGCGAUUCCUCUGUGGUGCCAGGCCCUGACAGAACAGAGGCGCGGUCAUUGAUGCCAGGCUGUGGAUGCUCAUCCCUCAAGGCUGGCGAGGGCCGUGGUGCAGUCAGUGACCCUUCAAAGUGGCCAUGCUGAUUGCAGUCAGCUAGCCUAUGCACACUGGGCCCGCAAGCAUCUGUAGCCCAACUCUAAAAGCUCCUCUCUCGACAAGUGAAUCUAC